AUUGUCUGUUUUAUUCUGUUUGGAAAUUCGGAGAAGGACUAAGCCCUAGUUACACCAAAAUCAAAAUGGCGGCUGAAGGCAAGGCGAGUUCGACUUCUUCUGUUUCAGAUAAAAAACACCGGGGAAUUCCCGAAGCGGGUUUCUUAGAUGAUGUGGGUAAAUUCAUGUCCACCAGUAGCUCUGAUUCGGCUGAGUCAGUCAUACGGAGUUUUGAUGAGCAGCUCCGCAAAUACAAAUUUAUGGAAAUUAACCUCUUGACCAAAAAGAAAAAACUCCAAGGUCAAGUCCCAGAUUUAAAAUCUAGUUUAGAGAUGGUUAAACUUCUUCAAGCAAAAAAGGAAAAAGGAGAAGAAACCCAUAGCAGAUUCUUAAUAUCAGACCAACUCUAUGCAAAUGCUAAGGUUCCACCCACAGAGAAAGUAUGUCUCUGGCUUGGAGCUAAUGUCAUGCUAGAGUAUUCCAUUGAUGAGGCUGAGGAGCUGUUACAAAAGAACCUUAAAACUGCUAUCAAGAGUCUGGAGGAACUGGAGGAUGAUUUGGGCUUUCUUCGUGAUCAGUACACUACAACGGAAGUCAACAUGGCCAGGGUUUAUAACUGGGACGUGAGAAGAAGACAGGCUCUUAAGGCCCAGUCAUAGGGAAUGUACAAUAUAAUGUGCUAUCUUUAUUUUAUAAUGUUUCUGUAUUGUAAUAUUUCAUUAAAAAUUGUUUUCAACAUCCAA